CAUAGCUAUGAGUUUUAGAAGCACCUGACUUUCAAAAGUGUAGCUGAGCUACUGAUUCAUAAUAAGUCUCAUCAUGUCUGACAGGAUAUAAUGUCAAGGCAGUUGCUGGAAGGAUCUUGGUGCUGGUACAGUGAAUUAGGGGAAGAAAUGUCGGGCCUGGUGUAGACAGAUGUGCCUUGAAGCUUUAGAUCCAGCCCAUAAUACUGGCACCCAAAUAUUUUACUGAUAAAAAUAGAAAAAUUGACUGACAUAUUAAAAUAGCUUCUAUAGAUGUAUCCAAAGUAAUAGUUUGAAAAACGUUCUUUAUAGAGUCCAGACAGUCAGAGGGUAAGAGCACUUGUUCUUACAGAGGACACAGAUUUUUUUUCUAUGCACCCGCAUGGUGGCUCACAGCCAUACAUAACUACAGUUCCAUGGGAUCCCUAGCCCUCAUCAGGUUUAUGUGGUUACCAGGGCCAUGCACAUGCUGCAUGUACAUAUAGGCAGAUAAAUCAUUUGUAAACCUAAAAUAAUGAAAGGCUUAAAAAGACAUUUACAGUGAUAUGUCCAUCAUAAAGCUGAUAAGGGUAAUAGCCAGGAGUUCAACAAUUAUUUCAUUCUCUAAAAGCUCCAUUUGAAUUUCACUUCCUGCAACAGGUAAACAUCAACUUGUGUAGCACUAUCAAGAUGACCUUUCUACACCUGGGCUAAAUCCUGUCUGCCUCCUUAGCAUCUUUGACCAACUCUGGCCUCUAAAGUGUAGCUCAUGUUCUAGAUACCGGAGACUUUCAGUUUGCUGGGUUGUUUGACUUCUCACGAUAAAGUUUACUUAACUGAACCAUGAGAAAAGAUUGCGGAGCUAUAUCUGCAGCAUAGGAGGAAAUAUGCAAGAGGGACGCCGCCAUCAGCAUUUCCACAAGAACAGUUAGGAAUAGUGUGAUGGAAAAUGACAGACAGGCUCUCCAGAUCAUCAGCAGUCUAACUCUGAACACUAUCACCUCUGUGUUGGCUGCAACUGCAAGCAUAAUGGGUGUAGUCAGUGUGGCUGUGGGUUCACAGUUUCCGUUUCGGUAUAAUUAUACAAUCACCAAGGGUUUGGAUAUUUUGAUGUUAAUUUUAAAUAUGCUAGAAUUCUGCAUUGCUGUGUCCAUCUCUGCUUUUGGAUGUAAAGCUUCCUGUUGUAACUCCAGCGAGGUUCUUGUAGUGCUACCAUCAAAUCCUGCUGUGACUGUGAUGGCACCCCCUGUGACGCUUCAACCAUUGCCACCAUCAGAACACCAAGGGAAAAAUGUUCCAGAAAAUGUAUAUAAGAACCACUCAGAAGAAAUAGUCUAAUUUUCUUGUGUGUAUGUGAAUGUGUGUGUGUGUGUGUGUGUGUGUGUGUAUGCAUUUCCCUGGGAAAUUAACACUUCAUUGCCCUGGCUUUUGGGGGGAAUAUCAGACAUGCCAUAACUUUGUAAAUCUAACAUCUACUAGUACAACAACACUUUAACAUCCUCCAUUAAUUGUAUGUACAAGGGGCAAUGAAUUAGCAAAGAUGUUUUGAAAGCAAAAUGAAACAAACAAACAAGCCAGCACACAAAAAAAGACCUGUUUUGUCUUUUGCAAAGAUUAAAGAAAGGCGUUCACAUUUCUUUGGGGCUUUUGCUAAAUAAGUGGAUUUAGCUGCUUUUGAUCAUGUACAAACACAUGAAUUAUGUAUAUUAUAUUACUAAUGAUAGGAACCAAUUUUUAUCUCUGUGCAUAUUCAUCAUAUAAUAACAUACUCUAUACUGUAAUUGAUAUGGUAAAAAUUAUAAUAAAGAGAAGUGACUGAAAUCAGAAUACACAAACACACACACACACACACAUUUACAUACAUAGUGUAUAUCUCUGUAUAUACAUAGUACGUGUAUGGUGUGCAUGUAGAGAUUAUAGAAGGUAUACAUACACAUAUGUGUACAUAUUACAUAUGACCUAAAAAAUCACUUAUAACUGUGGUUUGGUGCUGUAAUCUCCCCUAAGGCUCACAUCUUUGAACAGUUGGUCCCAAGUAGUGCCAUUAUUUUGAAAGAUUGCUGAAUCUUUCAGAUAUGUGGCCUAACUUGUGAAACUAAAUCACUAAAGGUUGGCUUUGAAGGUGACACUGCCUUCCAGUUGAUUGUUCACAUUGACUUUCAAGUUAAAAGCAAAAUCCAAAGUGUCUGUUUAUUAGGCUAAAUUUCCCCAAAAGACAUAAUUGCCAGUAAAUUCUUAGAUAAAUUGA